ACAAACAACGAAACUUAACCAUAAAAUUAUCUAAAGAUAUUUUAAGAAUAUUUUUAUAUAAUUACAAAGUUAAAGUUCAUUAAUGACUAUCAUUAUGAAGCUGAUUGACCCGGUAGUUAGGAGCUUCAAAGUAGCUAAAGUUUUCAGAGAGAACACCGAUAAAAUCAACAGUAUAGACUUUUCGUCUAAUGGUGAAACGCUAAUAUCUUGCAGUGAAGAUGAUCAAAUCGUUAUAUACGAUUGCGAGAAGGGAACUCAAAUGCGUACUGUUAAUAGCAAAAAAUAUGGAGUAGACUUAAUUCAUUUCACUCACGCCAAGAACACCGCCAUACACAGUUCCACCAAAGUUGAUGAUACGAUACGUUAUCUAUCCUUGCACGACAACAAGUACAUUCGUUACUUUCCAGGACACACCAAAAAAGUCGUGUCUUUAUGCUUGUCACCUAUAGAAGACACUUUUCUGUCAGGCUCUUUGGAUAAAACACUCAGGCUAUGGGAUUUACGAUCACCCAACUGUCAAGGUUUGAUGCAUCUAUCCGGUAGGCCUGUUGCAGCAUUUGACCCUGAAGGAUUAGUAUUUGCUGCAGGUGUAAACUCAGAAAGCAUAAAACUAUAUGAUCUUCGAUCCUUUGACAAAGGUCCUUUUGUAACUUUCAAGUUAAACCAUGAACGUGAGUGUGAUUGGACUGGUCUCAAAUUCUCCAGGGAUGGAAAAACUAUUCUGAUCAGUACGAAUGGAUCCAUGAUUCGUUUAAUUGAUGCUUUCCAUGGUACACCUUUGCAAACUUUUACUGGACACUUGAAUAAUAAAGGGAUUCCAAUAGAGGCUUCAUAUAGCCCAGAUUCACAGUUUAUAUUUAGUGGUUCGACUGAUGGACGGGUACAUGUUUGGAAUGCUGAUACAGGAUAUAAAGUUUGUGUAUUGAACGGAGAUCACCCUGCACCUAUUCAAUGCGUAAAGUUUAAUCCAAAAUUCAUGAUGUUGGCUUCAGCUUGUACUAAUAUGGCAUUUUGGCUGCCGACUUAUGAUGAAGGAACCACAUAGACAUAA